CACUACCCGUCGUCCUCGUCCCACUACCCGUCGUCCUCGUCCCACUACCCGUCGUCCUCGUCCCACUACCCGUCCCCCUCCCCCCACUACCCGUCGUCCUCGUCCCACUACCCGUCGUCCUCGUCCUCGUCCUCGUCCCACUACCCCUCCUCCCCCCCUCCUCCCCCUCCCCCUCCUUCUCCCUCUCAUCAUCCUCCCUCUCUUCGCCCUCCUGCCACAAAACAUAUCUCUCCUGGGGUUCCCACAGUUUCUACUAAUAUUGCAUUGGACCCCGAGAAACCUGAAAUAGGAGGGCAUGUCACCCUCAUCCCGAGUGGAGAUACCAACACCCUCAGCACCUGCAGCUGGUUUAGAGGGGGCGAUGAUGAGGCUAAACCAAUCGUGACCUAUAGCCUACCCCCUCUAUCUAAGCUGGCCUUCAAAGAUGGCUCCACGGGACGGGAAUUCCUUAACUCGGAUUGUUCCCUGCACAUCAAAAAUCUGACCACUCAGGAUGAGGGCUUCUACAAAGGAGUGAUGGAGAAGAACGAAGGAAAGAGCGUGGGGAAAGUGUAUCUGCGUCUCCAGGGACUAACUGGCAGGAAAGGAAACCGUCUUUCUACACCAGGCAUCAUAGGAAUUGCAGUGUCGUCAUUUUUCGUGGUCUCAAUGCUUGUAGGCCUAACUGCUUAUCAGAUCGUCACUUCUCGAAGUAGUAUUUCUCAACCUGCCCCGACCACCAGCGCGGCGGCGGUAGCACCGGUUGCAGCUCCAGCUCCAGCCCCGGCACCGAUACCAGCAUCAACGCAAGUAGCAAAGAAAACAACAGCUCCCAAGCGUAAGACGACUCGUGGAGGUACCGCACAGCGAGGGGUGAGAGGUAGAGGCAGAGGCAGAGGUGGAGCAAGAGGUGCCCCCAGGAGAGGACGGUAAAAAGAACAGAUUGCAUCGAGCCUUCAAGAACAAAAAUGGAUCCCUUUUCUUCAACACGAAAAAAAAAAAACACUCUUCGACUUGCAAAUUUUUAUCUAUCCCUCCCUGCGCCCAACAAUUGACAGCAAAUUCCCACAGCUCCUCUGAUCCCACUACGAUCUGAAAAGAACACCGACACUCUUAUGCACUGAAAAAAUUAAACCAUUGCAGUGUCUA